CUUAUUUCCCGUGGAUGAAGGGAUGCAAUGUGAUGAGUGUAAUAAGUGGUUCCAUAAGAUGUGCACCCGAUUAAGCCCCACUGCAUAUAAAAGGUGUUCAAAGCCCAACUCUCAUUGGCUUUGUAGUUUUUGUUGCUCGAGCAAAACAUUGCUUAUCCAGGAAGCAAUUAGUCUCCUGGUGUUGGCUAAUAAGAAGGUUGAUGAGGGCUGUACUGAUAACAUUGGUACUGAUGGCGAAGAUUGCGUUAGUGUCGUAAGUGCUAUCACGGCGCAAGCCAGACAUCUACCUGUGCAACCCGCAGUUAAACGUUCUCCCCCGAAACGAUCAGUGAGUGACACGUCAUUAGACGUUGGUGGCCAUAUUGCUACAGCAGCAACCGGUGACCCAGAUAAAACAAUUACUGUCCCGAGUUGUUCUAAUGUAGACGUUUCGACUGAUGGAAAAUGGAUGACGCGAAAACGCAGAAGAGUAGGAAAGACAGCUAAAACUAAUGACUGUUUACUUGGU